CAACAAUGCAAGCUUUCUACAGAGAGCUUACAGCAAGUUACAUUCCUGAAAUUGCAAGGAUACGAGGGGUUCAAGAUUCAACUAGAUAGAUAGAUAGUUUCGCCGAAAGCAAUCAGAAGGGAAGAUGACAGGGUUGUAAAAAAAGGAUUGGGAGGAGUCAGGAGUUAAAACAGGAGUUUUUACACCUGAACACAUGGCUCCUUACCCAGGAGACGGACUACAGUCUUUUCAGCAAGAGGAGGGACUUAAUGACGUAACAACUGAGAAUGAGAUUCAUGAAAAAAUCACAAUUUUCAUUAAUCCUUCCAAAACAGAGAAACCUGAACACGGUGAAGAUGACGUCGAAGAUGAUGAAGGAUCUCACAUGCUUUACAACAAGUCAAGAACUCUUCAGGUUGAAGAAAGCAGAUCCAGAGGAGACAGUGUGGAAGUAGAACUUGAAAAAAUGGUUCAAAAUGUUUCAGACAAGGUAGACAUGGUUCUAAAAGAGUUCUGUGACAAGGAUGAGAACUUGAAGAAAAGUCUGCUGCAGGACGAACCUCAAGUUUUCUGUCAUAUCAACCUCAGGAUGAAAGAAAACUUUCCAGGAGAAAGACGCAGAUCAACGUUCUUAACAGAACUGAUGGAGAGUGAAGACGAUCUUGAAAAUGAGGAAUGCAAAUCAUCUGACGCUCCUUUUCUAGCAAGCGAGGAGACGGUAGCUGACAUCCUUAAGCAUACUGAGGAGAACCUUAAGGAUACCAUGAAUAAUGAGGAUGAUUAUGAAUACGAGGAAUAUGAAGAAUAUGAAGAAUAUGAAGAAUAUGAGGAAAAUGAGGAAGAAGAUGAUAAUAAACGAAUUUCUGAAAAUAUUCUUGAUAAAAUUGAAGAACAGAUAGAGGAUAAAGGCAAAAGUAUUGAAAAAGAAGCUAUUGAGAAUAAACCAGCGGUUCUGCUACAUGCAAAUGAAAAAAUGGAAAAUGAAGGCGAAGUUUUUGAAAUUUCUCAUAAAGAUCCAAUUCAGUAUGAUACUGUAACACAUGAGGCAGCAGCUUCUGUUGAUGCUAAUGAACCUGUAUUUGAUCAGGAAGAAAUUCAUAUUGAGGAUAUCAACUCCCCUAAAAAUGCUUCGUAUCAAGAAGAAACUAAAAAUAAUCUCGAAUUUUACCAACCAGAGUAUUCAGACCAGCAAAUGUUGCAAGUAGAUGAAAAUAAAACUGAGGGCAGCAUCAAAGAAUAUCAAGGAGAAGAAGAGAUAGAAGAAAUAAAAAUUGUAGAGGAUGUAAAAAAAGAUAAUGUAGAAGAAAUGGAAAAUAACCGCGAAGAAAGCGUAAAAGAAUCUUUAAUGAAUUAUGAGAAAGAAGAGGAUAUUGAUUAUUACAACAAGUGGUCUGAGCCAAAGGAAGCUUCUGGAGAAAUAGAACAAGAAUCGAGUCAAGGUGUUAAUUAUCUUACACCUUUGAUUCUUCCAUUGGAUAUGAAUGUAAAUCCUUGUAUUUCACUUUCUAGAAAAGAUGACGUAGGAGGAGUAAACUCGGAAGACAAUGAUGAUCAUAACAUCGAUAAGCUUUCAGAAACCAAUUUGGAAAAGAAUGAGAAUACAGAAGAAGAAGAAGAAGAAGAAGAAUAUAUAGAAUAUGCUACUGAUGCUAAUAAUGUUAAAGACAUCAUUGAGCAAAUUGAAACAUUUCUUGACUCCAAGAUUGAUGUUGAGAAGAUCUUAAACGAGGCUGAAAAUCAAGAACAAGAUUUUGAACAAUAUUCCAGAUUUGAAGAAAGUUGUUGUACUGGAGACUCUCGAACAGCAAACAAUAUUAAUCUGCUCCAGCAGCUAGCUUGGGCAGCUUUUAUACUUUUUAUUUCUCUUUUAAUUUUUAAUAGAUAAAUUAUUUAAAAGUUGAAUAAUUUUGUAAUUUUUAUAUUAACAAUAAAGUCUUAUUCGUU